CCGUGACCGUUAGAGCGCGAGCGGUCGCCGCGUCCGCCGCUAUGGAGGAGCCGAAGCUGCCCCCCUUCAUCAACCCCAACAACUUCCCGGCCAAGCUGUGGUGGCUGGUGAACAGCCCGCGCUUCCGCUCCGUCAGCUGGGACGCCCGCGGCGAGGGGCUGCUCGUUGACCAGCCGCUCUUUGAGUGCGAGCUGCUGGGCGCGGGGCCGGGCUGCGCCGCCGGGCGGGCCGGCGACGGCGCGGCGGGAGCUGCCAACAUCUUCAAGACCAAGAACUUCACCAGCUUCAUCCGACAGCUCAACCUCUAUGGCUUCCGCAAGAGCCCCCACUUUCGCCGUGACCGCCCCGACCUCCUCAUCCACCUGAAGCGCCUGACAAGUGCCAACAAGGCAAAGCUGGCGGCCGGCCUGGAGGUGACCAGCCGCCCGCCCAACCGCUUCCAGCAGCUGCUCGGCACCUCGCUGCAGAGGAACCUGCUGCUGCCGCCCUCAACUCUUGGCAAGGCUGACAGUCCCGCUGCAGGACUGCUGACUGUAGGACAGUUUCAACAACCUUAUCAUCGAGACAGUUUCUUUCCUUACUCCUACAUACCGACCUCAUCACUGAACCACAGCACUUUACCGACAAAAAGCGUAGAUCAGACUCCAGUUCCUACCAGCACAUGGGAGCGUUCUCUCGGGUUGCUUCCAGGGCAUGAAGCUUCCCCAGCUUUUCCAGAUAAAGGGGUUGCCUCUCCGGUACUCCAGAGGUUUCCAACAGAGGUCACGUACACACUCCAGCCUGUUGUUUCUCUUCUGCCGCUUCAGCAAGGGUCUCAAACCAUUGCCACUUCCCUUCCACCAUACAGCAGCUACACAUCCUCAAUGCAGUACUCACAAGCCUACUAUCCAACAGCUCCACUGCAGUGCUGUUCACCGCCUGCCCACGUAGAUCCCCUGACUGGCUGUGCUAGUCCUGCAGCUUCGAUUUACACCCAGUGUGGCUUUUCCCAGGGUCCUCCAAUACAGUCACCUUAUGCAACUGAAUAUCUACCCUCCAGCUGGCCUUGUAAUACAUGUGAUGAAAACAAGAAGACAGGAGUAAACCUUGAAGCUGUGUUUCAGAUUGUUGAUGAGAUGCAUUCAUCACCCAAAGCUGAAAUGGUGAAAGUGGAACCUGUGGAGAUCCAGUGUUCAACCCCACAGUCUAACAGAGGUCAACCAGUGCUGGUUAAUAGUGAGAUUAGUGAUGCACCUUCUUCAGCUGACGAAAGCCAGCUGGAAUCUCUUACUCCUGUAGCUUCAGACACAUCAUUUUUGGUGGCAGCAGAUCAAGCAGUAACUUGUUCUCCAUCACAGCCUUCUGAAUUUCUUUGUGCUCCCCAUACCGCUGUGUCUGUAGAAAGUGCUGCUGCUGAAAUAGCACAGGAAUCUGUGACCACGCUGGAAGUGCAUCAAAAACCGAGAGAACAACCAGAUCACUGCCUAACUCAGUCCUCUAUAAUGUUUGUUCAGGAAGGACCAUUCAGUCCAGAGCAGAAUACUGCUAGUGUUAAAUAUGAGUCCAGUACGUCAGAGACAGAAGAGAGACCAUUCACUUCAGCAACUGAGCCUGGGGACAAAUCUGUGGAAGAGACAGACUAUUCUGCAAAACCUAGAUGCAGGAAAAGGAGACACAGCUCACAAAACAGCAAGUCUCCUGAUCUCCAUCUGCUGGUAGAUAUUGCUUGCAAGCAGGGGUACUUCCAGCAGGAAGAAACAAGAGAGUGAGAAGUGGGUGACAAGUAUGUGAAAAUGUGCAGCAGCUGCCAGCUGGGUUCCCUUGUCAGCCUCCAGCGGCAGCGCUUUGCACACAACAGGCACUUUGGAUCGUUUUGACUGUGGUUUGGGGGGGAAAAAAAAAAAGAAAAGAAUUCAACUUUAUUUUUUUGCUCUCAUUUUAACUCUGUAGGAUAUUAGUCGCUCUAUUUUUUUACUCCUCUUCUAUUACAUUUUCUACCUGUCAAGUUAUAAAGCAUCUAGUGGUUAGGGUAUUUAAUAUGAAGUCAUUACUUAGUUGUUUGUAUUCUUUAGAUAAGGGAAGUCUGAACUCCUUAUAAACAAGAAGCCUUAAAAACUUUCUCAAAACUUUCUUAGUGGGAAGCAAACUGGUUUUAGUGCUGCAUUCGGAAUCUUUUUAUUUAACGUUGUUGGAGGCUACAGUGUGCUCGGCAUAGAGGGUGUUUGGGGCUCUCGCUGUCUUUGCUUGAGGCACACUGUGGCCCUUCUCUGGGAAUUGUGUACGAAACAAAAGCGUAGGAAAGUCACAAGAUUCUAGGUCUGAAUGGGUCAGGGAUUUCAGGAGAGCGGCUAUAGGAAAGAUGAGCUAAUUUUCUGAGUGAUUAACCAGGAAAUGCUCUUCCUUCCUAAACCAACGCUCUGUUUCAGCAGCCAGUGUGUCCUUUCUGGUGGGUAUCCAUUACAUGUGACAGCUGCUGGUCUUUGCUGUUAAUGGGGAAUUCUUCCGUUUUAAUAAUUUUCUUUUGAUUCUAAUGGUAUCUGUAAUGAUAAGUUAUUUGUUGCUUUAGUACUUUGUUUUAAAUAAGUCUUCAAAAUAAUUUUUUAACUUUUAAAAUAUGAUUGUAUUUGUACUGAUAGUAGAACUUAAGUUUUUAAUAGCUGCGUAUUGGUAUUUAUGAUAGGAUACUGUUUGAAGGAUAAAGGGGCACCUUCUGUAUUUGCAUUGUUAGAGGAAUAAAUGUGGAAGAGUACUUAAAACAUAAAUUUAAUUGCUUCAUGCAUGUUCAUACUUCUUUUAUAAUUAAUUAGAGCCAGCCCCGAGCAAAAUACGCAUGAAAGGAGAAGAGCGAAUUUAUCAGGACCACCUCGGUUCUGCCCUCCAGAGCUUUGCGCAGCUUCUAGCUGUGGUCAGGACACCCGAAGCGAGCACUGGGCAGUAGGAUGAGCUGAGGGAAACCUUUAAUUAUCCACCAGCUGUCCAAACGAGUCCAGUGCAGUCUGAGGGUGGUUCUAGGCAGGGCAAGCGGGGUGCCACCAUACUGAUUGUCCUCAGCUGUGUUAUUCCACAAGUGCAGCGCAGUUCCAGUUGACCUGAGCAGUGGAAGGCUUGGUGCUUACGUUCAGACCUUCCUCCUCAGAUGAAACAACUUGGAAAGCAUUUCUAAAUGAAUGAGAGGAUUCGGGUAGUUAAAAGGAAAAGAACUUUGGUAACGUUGCUGCAGCUUUGUCACCUGAGUUUGGUUUUGUGCCCCUGGCUGACGUGCUGGAGACCGUUGGCUAAUACACCAUGGAAGCAGCGGAGGGUCUCUGUGUCCUAGGGGAGUUUGUGCUGUUAACUGUAACGGGGCUUGAGAGCAUCAGCCUGGCCUUCCUGGCUCCAAGGCGUGAGGAGGUGCAGUCACAGGAACCCAGCCGUAUCCAGCUGGAGUUGCUACCUCUUUAAUUCAAAUAAAAUACCAAGGGAAAUUCAUAACUUACCUUUCUUGCUCCUGUUUGCCACCAGAAGAGUCUCAGGCAGCUCUAGAUGGAGCGUUUAGCGUUUCAGCACCUUACCGUGCGUGCAGUUCAGUUAGUAAAUAAUAAUAAGUAACUUCUGUAACGAUAUGUUUUUAACUAUAUUCUUGUUAAUGGGAACAGAGUGGGAUUUGGUUUAGCUUGCAGAUGUUCUUUUAUACCCUGCUUAGGCAGCAUGGUUGCAGCAAUCUGCAAUAAAUUAAACUUUUAAACCAAAAUGGGUGUUGUAUUUAUGUUUUCUCUGUGUUUUAAAUUACAAAUGACAGGGUAUCACGGUUGAAAAAAGCGCUUCAUGUUUCAGUAGUUGUUGCUGACACCACUAU